GUCAUAAUAAAUCUCACUUUUCUCGAAUAAUGAAGUCGCUUUUUGUGAUUUUGUGUGUGAUUCUUUUCUCCACUGCAAUUGGGACACAAACCAGGUCAGGUUGUCCUGAUAUCUGUCCUGCAGUUUAUCAACCUGUCUGUGGAGAGACUUUAGUAAAUGGAAAAUUGGUGCGAUGUGAAUUCAGCAAUGGCUGUGUAAUGGGUAUCACCUCGUGUCGAAAUAACAUACGUUUUAGCGAAAAGCCUUUGAAAGAAUGUGCACAAACAGAUCCCAUUUGUAGUGAAUUUCGCUAACCUAAAAAUAUAAUUUUGCAAAUAAACGACCGUUUUUCACAAA